AUUUGAACAAGUUUGAAUUCGUGGAAAUAACGUACUGCUCCAUUAUUGCGUAUGGUUAUUAGUUUUUUCUUAGUUAAUUAUAUUUCUUCCACUCCACGGUAUGAAUGAUAUCGAUAACAAAUUAAUUAAUCAUGAAAGAGGAACAGAUGUUCGUAAAUCAGCAGAAGAAAUGGACGAGCAACGUCAAAAGACUCUUGCAUACGAAUACCUCUGUCACUUAGAAGAAGCUAAGAAAUGGAUGGAAGCAUGCCUCAGAGAAACUCUUCCACCUACCACUGAAUUGGAAGAGAAUUUACGAAAUGGAGUAUAUUUGGCGAAACUUGCUCAUUUUAUGGCACCUGAGACUCUACCCCUCAAUAAAAUUUAUGAUCCUGAGCAGAAGCGGUAUGCAAUAGCUGGACUGCAAUUUCGUCAUACAGACAAUAUCAAUCAUUUCUUGAAAUCCAUAAAGUCUAUGCAAUUACCAUUAACCUUUCAACCAGAGACAACAGAUAUCUAUGAUAAAAAAAAUAUGCCUCGGGUGAUAUACUGUAUCCAUGCACUUAGUACUCAUUUAUUUAAACUAGGAAAGGCUCCACAGAUUCAGGACUUAUAUGGAAAAGUGAACUUUACCGAUGAGGAAAUUAAUGCUGUAAGUAAAGAAUUGAAAAAAUAUGGAAUUCAGAUGCCUUCGUUUCAAAAAAUUGGAGGUUUAUUGGCAAAUAGCAUGGAGAUAGAUACAGCAACGCUUCAUGCUGCUGUUAUAGCUAUUAAUCAAGCCAUUGCAGAAAAAGAUCAUGGGAAAAUACUAGCAGCACUUCAAAAUAAAGUUGUACAGUUAAAUAAUGUUGUGCCUUGCUAUGUGAAAGAGUACAGUGAGGUUCUAAUAGAAGCAAAAGAUUCUAAAGCACAGGCAGCGCUUAAUAGAUCUUUGAAUGACAGCUAUGUACCAGACGUAUACGACGAAUUAUUAACUCAAGCAGAAAUUCAGGGACAUAUUAAUUGCGUUAAUGUUCAAUGUGCAGUGGACAAAUUAACUCGAUCCGUUCAUCAUAAAAAUAAUCAAUUUAUGGAUACACUUAAAUCAUCUACUUUAUGCUUACAAAACGUCAUACCUGAAAAUGCAGAAUUGUAUAAAGAACAAUUAAUGCAACUACAACAAAGUUCAGAAUGGAAUAAUAUGUAUUCAGAAAGUAAUUAUCAUUGGAAACAGCUGCUUCAGAAAGGAAUUGAUGAAGCAAAUGAGAUCGCGGUUAAACAUCGAGAACGUGAUGAAAGCGUUAAGCUCUUAAAUUUAACAUUACAAACUGGUGUACAGAGUGAAUUUUAUGAUGCUCUGAGAAAUCCCAGUCUUGGAUUACUAGAUAGAAUCGACGAAUUUGCAAUGCCAUUGUAUUACGAAGAAAUGAAAGUCGAUCGUAUGGAAUCUCAGAACGACCUUUCGUACAGCGACAUAAUAGUCAGCAUACGUGUACUCUCAUUGAUCGCAGAAAUUAGCAAGGCUGUAGACACUGGAAAUCCAGAUUUGGUUUAUCAAGCACUGUCAAAUCCAAGUUGUCAUGUCUCUGGUUUGGAUCACGAGAAUAAGGUAAAAUAUUAUAGAGCAUUAGCGGGAGUUCGCUGUGAAAAACAAGUGAUUUCGGACGAGUGCCCUUUAUUAACGUACAUCGACAUCCAAGAAUGUAUCGAUGUUGUUAAUCAACAAUGUCAAAAUGACGAUGAUGUGAUACAAGUGUUGCGUCAAAUAAAUACAGCCGUUGUUAACAACGAUCGAAACGAACUUAUGACUGCUUUAAAAAAUACUGCGCUAAAACUACAAAAACCUACUUCACCGGACAAUGCGUCUCUCUAUUUAAAAUUAUUUAAAAAAUGCCUUGCGGAAAAACAUUUCGACGGAUCCGAGUUAUGGCUGGAAGACGUAGAAACAAUAACUAAAGUCGUUGCCGCGGAAGCUGAAACUGUUCAAAAUGCGUGCACGUUUUUGUCACAAGUAAAUUUAGGUUUACAGCGAAACGAUGUAUUAUUCACAAUUGAUUGUCUGCAAACGUUUGGUUUCAAAAUACCAGACAUGUACAAGAAUGAAUGUUUUCAGAGUUUAUGUAACUUGAGAACAAUCAAGAGUCAAAGACAUGAUUGCGCGCUUGUCCGUUUUAUUACUCCUAAAGGCAACGAAUCAUAUUUGGACUUGCAGAAGUAUAAUUACACAUGGGAUUGUCCAAAAAAUAUGUCAGAAACAUAUUAUAUCAAUAUGGAAGAUAUAAAGAGAGUAGUAAGAAAUUCCACCGUAAAAGAACACGAGCAUAAACUAAAUAAACAAAUAAUUCGAUUGCAAGCAUGUAUUCGAGGAUAUUUAUUGCGAAAAAGAAUCUCCGAUAGAUUGACGUACUUUUACGAAAAUGCAAAUAAAAUAAUUCAAAUACAGUCAUGGUGGCGCGGUAUAGUUCAGCGGAAACGAUAUCUGAAAUUAUUGGAGGAGAAACGGAGACGAGAUACAGAAAGAUACCACAAUAAAUAUUUAAAAGUUAAAGCCAAGUUCGCGGAUAUAUUGGAUCGUUACAGGGAUCACGAGGAACAGAUUAUAAAAAUACAAGCUUUGUGGCGUGGUCGCGCAGAGAGACGAGCCUUCCAUUCAUUGUUGUAUAUGGAGAAACCACCUUUUCCCGUUGUUCGGCAUUUCGCAUCAAUUCUAAAUUUUAAUGCAGAAGAUUAUGACAGAGACUUGCAGCUACAAUAUCUGAAGCACGAAGUGGUACAAAGCAUACGACACAAUCAGUCUUUGUCGCAACAGUUGGAUAGUAUGGACAUAAAAAUCGGACUUCUUAUCCAGAAUAGAAUUACGUUACAAGAUGUCAUAGCACACGGACAAAAUUUAGAAACUCUCGCAAAGCAAAAACAUUCGAAUAGAGAACAAAAGAGUAUUUUAUCGGAUGGUAUUAUUUCACACAAAGGUUUAAAAUCAUUAACGAAAGAGGGACGGAAAAUGUUAGAAGGAUAUCAACAUUUAUUUUACGCGUUGCAAACUAAUCCAUUAUACUUGUCGAAGUUAUUGUUUCUUUUGCCUCAAAGUAAAACAAACAAGUUUCUUCAAAAUGUGAUUUUAACAUUAUUCAAUUUUGGGUCGAAUAUCAGGGAGGAAUAUUUACUAUUAAAAUUGUUUGGAAGUGCGCUACAAGAAGAAAUCAGGUCUAAGUUUCAAAAACCAUCUGAAGUUGUAACUGGAAAUCCCCUUGUCUUAAAAAUGGUGGUGAAUUAUGCGCGACAAUUGCACGGUCAGAGAGCUUUGAGGCAAAUUGUCGGAGAAAUCAUUGAGAAAAUUUUAGCCGAUCGAUCAUUAAGUAUAGAGACAAAUCCAGUUGAUAUUUAUAAGUGCUGGCGAAACCAGCUGGAAAUGGAGAUGGGAGAGACAUUGGAUCUUCCAUACACGGUAACGCAACAACAAGCUUUAAAUUACGAUCAAGUACGAAUACGGCUAAACAGAGGAAUACAAUUGUUGCAAAGUACUGUUUUAGAAUUCUUAAAUAAAAUCACAGAAUCCCGGGAUUUAAUUCCGUACGGAAUGUUAUAUAUAGCUAAGAUAUUAAACGAUUCUUUAACCGAGAAAUUUCCAACUGCUCCAGAAAAAGAUAUACUGAAAGUAGUUGGAAAUUUAAUUUACUAUCACUUUAUCAACGCGGCUAUCGUAGCUCCAGAUGCCUUCGAUAUAAUCACAUUGCCGAUCGAUAGAUCGCUGUCAAAUGAUCAACGACGAAACUUGGCUAGCAUCGCGAAAAUAUUGCAAUUUGCCGCUUCUAAGAAAGGGUUUGGUGAAGAAGCAACGCAUUUGGUUUGUUUAAAUUCGUUCAUAAUCGAGUGUCACGAAAAGUUCAAACAUUUCUUCAGAUAUUGUUGCCAAGUAGAAGACUUAGAGGAGCACUUUUCUAUUCACGAGUACACCGAGGCCACUCUCAUUCAAAAGCCCGAGAUAUAUAUUUCGUUACAGGAAAUCUGUGAUACUCAUUGUCUUAUGCUGGAAUACCAAGAUCAAAUAGCACCAGAUCCUAUGGACCCAUUGCACGAUCUACUAGACGAUCUAGGUCCUGCCCCAACUGUUCCAUCUUUACUCGGAAUCCCCGACAACACGUGCGAGUCGAAUUUAACGCGGUUCGGGAAAACGGAAGUGUGCCUGGUACUUACCAACAAGUUUCAAGUACCAGAUGACGAAGACGCUAAUUUAAAUAAACUUUUUAUAAAGACCAAGGAGUUAUUAGUCUCUGUACUUCAAUUCUUAAAGGGGCAAACAUUAGUAGAAGCAUUGGAAACUAUAUGCUCGCCUGUGCAAGAGAAACUGUACGAUGUACAGUGUUCUAGCAUAUCACCUACUUUGAACAUGAUUCACAAGAGUUCGUCCUUAAACGACUGCAAACUUCAACUGCGCGCGUACCUCAACAAACUAGAAUUAGGAGGAUGGGUCAGUCAAACGGACGGAUAUCAAAAUAUCAUAACAGCGGUGGCCAAAGAUCUUUGUAACAAAGGGAAGUAUCGAAUUAUUCGAAAUAAGGAGUUGCAGACCUUGCGUACAACGAAACAAAGACUGGAAGAAAAAUCCAAGUAUUAUCAAGAACAAGUUGAAUAUUAUAACGAAUACAUACAAAGAUGUUUGGAGAACCUGCACACAGGAAGAGGGUCUUUGCAAGCGUUCAAAGCGUUCCAGAAAAAUAGUCAUGCCAAGCUAAGGUCGAAGAUGACGUUAAAAUAUUCGGGUGCAAAGUUACAAGAAAAGGGGGUGCUGCUGGAAAUCGAUGGACUUCCGCAAUCACAAUUUAAGAACGUUAUCUUCGAGAUAAGUCCAACGGAACACAGUGGUCUUUUUAACGUACGUUGCAAGUUCAUGGGAGUGGAAAUGGAAAAAGUCGAUAUCGACAUACAAACGCUGCUCGAAUUGCAAUUCGAAGGUGCACCGAUCAUGGAUAUGUUUGGUAAAGCAAAGGUUAACGUGAAUUUGCUGUUAUAUUUAUUGAAUCGAAAGUUUUACGGUAAGACUUGAAGAGGAAAAAAGUAAGUAUAUUCAUGGGUAUGACAAUUAUGCGCACUUGUGCAAUCAUCUAUUGUAAUUAUGGACUAAGGAUCAAGGAUAUGAAUCUCGAUAUUUUAUGGAGUUCGUGACAAUCAUAAAUUCGAUUUUUUUUUUACAUCAUUUACAGUUGCCGCGCAAUAAUAAUAAUAAUUAAUUUUUGUAAAUAAUUGUACUUAUAAGAUCAGACUAUUUAUGUAAUUUUAUGAUCGACUACUAUAGCAUAAUAGUGCAAGAAGAAAUAUACGAAUUUUAUCAAAUUACCAAAGUUACGAAAUUACACAGAUCGUGAAACUAGCCUAAGACAAUUUUUAUAACUUCAUGUUGUGUCGUUAAUAUCGCCAAAACGAAGAUGGUAUGUAAAACAAAAACUCCUAAAUACAAUCAGCGAUUUUAAUAGAGACUUAUAUUUUUCUAAUUUUUAUAAAAAUAAGUAAACUAACUGUAGUAAAUGUGAACCUAUUGCAAGAGAAUAUGCUUCUUUCUUAAUUCAUUUUCAUAACUAAACCUAACUCCGGCAGUGUACCAGUUUUUAUUCUUUUUUUUUUGUAUUCCUUUAUUAAAGAGUGUGUCGAAUAGCCAUA